AGUUACGCAAGAGAUGAGAACCAACACCGGGUUCCUAGCGAUAGCAACAGAGGUGGAGAAUGACGGAGAGAAAAGCCUCAGAACCUCCAGAAAAAUCAAGGACUUACUGAAGGAGUUCCAAGACAUUCUUCUUGACGAUCUUCCAAACGAGCUACCGCCCUACCGAACGCAUCAACACGAGAUCGUGGAGGAACCGGGUUCGAAGCCGACCUUCCGAGCACUAUAUCGGCUCAGCCCUACGGAGCUGACCGACAUGAAAAAACAGAUCGAGUAUCUCCAAGCCAAAGGACUCAUCCGACCAUCCACUUCACCAUGCACUGCCCCAGUACUCUUCACACCGAAACCGGACGGAAGCUUGCGCAUGUGCAUCGACUACCGAGCUCUUAACAAGAAGCCACUCAUGAAUCUGCUGAAGAAGAACAUGCCCUACAAAUGGGAAUCGAAGCACCAGGAAGCCGUGGAGCAGCUGAAACAAGCUUUCACGACCGCCCCGGUACUCAUCUUGCCAGAUCCCGAACGCGACUACGUAAUCGAAGCUGACGCCAGCGACCAGGCAGUGGGAGCAGUCUUAAUGCAAGACCAGGGGAAUGGACUACAACCAAUCGCCUACCUCAGCAAGAAACUACAUGGAGCAGAACUAAACUACCCGAUACACGACAAAGAGGCCGUUGCCAUUGUCAUCGCUUUCAAAGCAUGGAGAUGUUAUCUCGAAGGACGGCGAACAACUGUCUACACCGACCACUGCAGCCUGAAAUACUUGAAGACACAACCCAACCUUUCCAGGCGGCAGGUCCGGUGGAUCGACUUCCUCGAGACACACUUCCACUACGACAUCGUGUACAAGCCGACCACAAAAACAAAGCAGACGCUCUUAGCCGGCCUGCGCACAUUGCCGCUAUUCAAAUUGAAGGGAUGAAUCCACUACUCAAGGGAAUCUUCA